AAAACAAACAAACACACUCUGCAGUCAGCAAUUCCACAGCAGAAAAGAAGAGAAACUCUCUCUCUCCCUCUCUCUCUCUCUCUCUCUCACACACACACACAGUAGCUUAGAAGAUAUAGAGAGACAAUCUAAAUGGAGUACGAGAGGAUUCACAAAGUGCAGAAUGGUAUAUUAUCUCCAAGUAAGUUAAGGAUGAAGCUAAUUGGAGCUCACAAUCAGAAGAAGAAAGAAGGAUCAAAUAGUAAUUCUUCAAGAACUUCUCCUGCUAGGCUUGAGGAUUCUGAGUUUGUCAAAAACAGUUUAUUGGCUACUCAAAGUGGAGAUUUUGAGGAUGAAUAUUGCAAUUUAGAAGCUGCAGCAAAUAAAUUGCCAGGAAAUUCAUUGCUAAAUUCUAGGCAAGGUGACGAGACUUCAAAUUCAUGCCUGCCAAAGGAAACUGCGGAAGCUGCUCGUGCGAAAAGGCAGCAAUUUUCUAAAAUAGAUGGCGGAAAUUCUAGUUCGGUUCAUCCAGUUAAAGGAUGUGAAGAUGAAAAUAUCGAUUAUGAUAGUACAUCCAGCUUCGAGUUUCAUAAAGGGGAGAGAUCAAUGCACCACCAUUCCAUGACAACAAGGUCGUUUUCACGGCCCAUGUCUUCCAAGUGGAAUGAUGCAGAGAAGUGGAUAAUGAAUAGGCAAAAUGUGCAAGCUAAUUAUUCUAAGAAGGUUCAAUUACAGAACCAAGCACACCGGGGGCCUGCCACGAGCAUGGUUAGAGUAGCUCCGGAAUCUAGUGGUUAUGAAAGUAAGUUAGCAGUUAAGAAGGUUGAUUUUUGUCAACCUGCAAAUCAGAUAGUGACCGAGAAGUUUGCUUUUGAUCAACCUGGUUCUCAUAGUCAGGGAAAUGGUGUGAAUGCCGUGUCACUUGAUCUUUGCCCUGAAAGUAAGGAUUUGACUGAGGUGGUCAAUGGGGAUUCUUCUUGUACAAAGAGUUUAACAGAAGAUAGAACAGUUUUUCCCGCAAUAAGAUCAGUCUCGAUGAGAGACAUGGGAACAGAAAUGACUCCUAUUCCAAGUCAAGAGCCUUCAAGAACAGCUACACCUGUUGACGCAACGACCCCAAUCCGCAGCCCUACUUCUUCAAUCCCAUCUACACCUCGUAGAGGAGAGCCAGCGCCAACGCCUACAGAGAAUUGCAUUGACAAUGCUUCUCAAAAUUCAACAGAUAACAAUAAAAAAGAAUUGUCGGAGGAAGAAUUAAAGAUGAAGACAAGAAAAGAGAUUGUAGCCCUUGGUGUCCAACUUGGUAAAAUGAAUAUAGCUGCUUGGGCAAGCAAAGAUGAGAAGGAUAAAAGCGAGGCUGAAGCAGCUGAGGUUGCACGGAUGGAAUAUGCUAAAAGGGCAGCUGCUUGGGAGGAAGCUGAAAAGUCAAAGCACUCUGCAAGUUAUAAGCGUGAAGAGAUAAAAAUCCAAGCUUGGGAAAGCCAGCAGAAAGCAAAGCUAGAAGCAGAGAUGAGGAAAAUAGAGGCACAAGUCGAACAAAUGAGAGCACAAGCUCAAGCAAAGAUGGUGAAGAAGAUCGCGAUGGCAAGACAAAGAUCAGAAGAAAAGCGAGCUGCAGCUGAAGCUAGAAGAAAUCAGCAAGCUGAAAUAACUACAGAGCAAGUUGAAUACAUACGUCAAACAGGUCGACUUCCAUCUUCUUCCUUCUCGUGUUGUGGUUGGUUAUGAUAAAGAUUAAGCGGCAGAAGCUGCAGGCAGAUCUUAAUCAAGUUCACAAGGCACCUUACAAGUUAGCCUCUCUUAUACUGGCAGGUUUUGUAACAACAGAAAGUAUAGUAUCAUGUCGAACGUUUGUCCCCCCUUGUAUCUAUUCUUUUUGCAAUCUGCAAAUGUAAGUUUUUACAUGGAAUGAAGUUUGGUUUGGUCAUUGAUUUUUA